AUGGUACCAAAACCUAUCAACACCACGAAGGGUAGCCCCGUACAGAACUCUCUGAGGACUUCUCCAAGGACCUCUUCAAAGAAAUCCCCCAAGCAAUCGCCGAAAGAUUUGCCAGAGUCCUCCCCAAAAUUAUCGUCAAAGAAUACGCCAAAAACAAUCUCUAAGAAGUCCCAAGGUCAGAAAAAGGCAGAAAAGAAACGCAGGAGGGUCCCGGCACCAGCAGCGGUGCCAGCAGCGGUGCCAGCGGUGCCAGCGGUGCCAGCGGUGUCAGCGCUGCCACCGAUUAAAGUCAGCAUACACGGCGACGUCCACAAGCGCCAAGACUUCAAGAUCGGGCACAUCAUCUCAUUUGCAACCCAUGAGCCACUGUUCAAAGACACUUCGAGGAGAGGAGUAGAGGACACAACAAGAGUCACCACGACCCCGUAUGGCAAGAUCUACACCAAGGUUCGAAAGCAUGUCGUUGUAGCUCGCUGGGAGAAUCACAUCAUCGCUCUCCCCAUAUUCACCCAUCAGGGCCAGGGCCUGAAGUUCAAGACCAACAAAGGGGAAUUCAUCGGCAUCAGAGACUACGAGCAUUACCCCAGCGAGCAAACGGAUGCGUCGCAGAAGAACGUCUAUGCCAAACCCUUGGGCAUGAGCCGCAAACGAAACGACGUGCGGGUCAUCACGGAUGAUGCGUAUAUCCAAAUCACGCGCCCGACGUUCUUUUUUUGCGGCUCGCCUUGCAUGUUUGAGAGUAAACUCGUGGACGAGGAUGGGAGGAGGCUGUUCGCGCUCUACAAUGCCAUCAACAGGCUCGACUGGGAUGCGCCGCCCAAGGGUCGGGAUCCCAUCGUUUACAAGGGCGGGAAGUAG